UUGUUUUUUUAUUAUUAUAUUAAUAAUAAUAAUUUCUGUAUUCUCCCUCCUCGUCCUCAAUUCUCUCCUUUCUGUCUGAGUUUACGCUGCCAUAGCAAUUGGUUUUCUUUUUCUACUUAAAACCCACACUGUGUUGAGAUAUUUACAGCUUCCAGAAAUGAAUCAUAAUGCACUUCGUUAUGUUGAUGUUUAUCCGAGUCAGUUUGCACUUUCUCAAAAUUUAUGCACGCCAGCUGUUUGAUAUUUGUCCCACAAUAGUUUUUCCAUUCUUCUCUCAUUUCUGUUCAGAGAACUAGUGUCCCCAUUCUCGUGUUUAUCACUUUUUCUUUUAUUUUUUCAAUCUUUCUAUCAUCUACCAAUGUAUUCCACCUCAAUAUACACUGCAUCAGCCUGCUGCAAGAAUUUCACUCUACAAGCAUGCUAUUUUUCGUGGGGCGCCAGAAACAUGAGCAAAAUGUCUCUGUAUCUCCAAAGGGCAAAACUCAUUGAUUCGAUAAGACUCUGUCUCCGUUCCAAUGCUCCGGAUUCGUCUCUCGUUACUUUAUUGAGGAGUCCUACUCUGGACUCGUUUGUCGUCACCAAUGCUCUCCGGUCGGCUCCCUCGCCUCUUUCCGCUCUGCAUUUGAUCAAAAAUCUUAAAAAGAUCGAAACUUUUUCUCAUACGCAAGAGACCCUCCACGCAUUGGCCAAGAUUCUUGCUAAAUCUGGACAGACGAGGAAACUCGGAGCGUUGAUUGACGCCAUAAAUACUGGAAAAUUUACAAAUGUGGCCUAUGCAAGUUUCAUGGAUAGAAUGCGGUGGUACGCUGCUGCAGGUGAUCUGACUGAGGUCAGUGGCGUCUGGCAUGAGUGGCGAAGAACAUUGGACAAGCAUCCUUGCACCGAGUCCUACAACGUUGUGAUGAAGCUCUGUGUGGAGAAGGGCAUGGAUGCAGAGGCUGUCAAGGUGUUUUGUAGGAUGGUUGAGGAAGGCGCCCUUCCGAACUGCAGAACGUAUACAGUGAUCAUUCAGCACCUCGUUAAGUUUGAGAAACUAGAUUCAGCCUUGAAACUCUUUAAAAUGCUGCCUCUUAUGAGAAUUAGGCGUACGUUGAUGCAGUAUUCUAUGUUGGUGGAAGCUUUUACUAGUGCUAACAAGUUGGAAGUUGUGAAAAUCUUGCUCAAUGAGAUGCGAGCUGAUGGGAUAUUGCCUGGUCGAGCAAUGCUGAUGUCGCUAGAGGUGAUGAAAGAGGCUGGCUAUGGCGAAGAGGCUGAUGAACUGAUUAAGGAAAUGAUGCCUGAUGAGAGGAUAAAAAGCAUAUGCUAUUCCUUAGUCAGCAACGAGGAUGAUGUUGAUGACGAGGAUGAGGGAGCUUCUGGUCUUUGUGGUGUCGAAAAGGAUGAAGUACAGUUGAAACCAUGGUUGGAUCCAGCUGCUUUGGCGAGUGCAUUGAAACAUUGGGAAGAUGAAGAAGUGGCUGUGCUAGAAGCUGCAAACAUUAUGUGGACAAGCCGCCUGGUUUGCAAAUUAAUUAGGAACUUCAAAUCACCUGAAACAGCAUGGGAGUUCUUCUGCUGGGUGGCUCGUCAGCCUGGAUUCGUUCAUGAUAUUUACACAGUGUCGAGGAUGAUUGCCAAGUUGGCUCGCCAUGGAUGCGUGCAGCUGGUUGAACAGCUGCUGUUUAAGAUAAAGCGAGAAGGCAUGCUAUUGUCGUUCAGCACCAUUAGGUUGAUUAUUGACUCUUAUGGAUUCUCGAGGAGGGGUGAUGCAGCUUUAGAGAUUUUCCAAAAUGUCAGAACAAUUUGUGGUCCAUUGUCACAAAAUAGUCAGCUUAUUCUGUAUUCGUCGCUCUUGAGGACAUUAGCAAAGUGCCAGAUGAAUGGUGAAGCCUUUGAAAUACUUGAGGAGAUGAUGCUGCGCGGGGUUUGCCCGGAUGUGCAGACAUUUUCUGGGUUGAUGCAUCAUUAUGCGCUUCAAGGAGAUAUCAAGACUGUGCAGAGAAUCUUUGCCAUGGUGAGACAGUGUGAUUUGGAGCCGGAUGCUUACAUGUACAAGAUUCUCAUCUGUGCUUAUUGCAAGUGUGAAAGAGCUUCUCUUGCCCUGAAGAUUUUUGAGGAUAUGAGGAACUCGCAAUUGAUGCCUGAUGCUGCUACUAAACAAACACUUGUGAAGAGUUUGUGGAAGGAGGGUAAGAUCCGAGAGGCAGCUCGAGUGGAAGAGAUGACUGAGGAAGCCGUGGACAACUUGCCACUUGCUUUGCCAGGACACUUGUACACUGUCAGCAAUGCAGAUCUUAUAAUGGUGUACAGAUUAUACUCCGGUUGUUUUACAGAUUGUCCCGGAAAAGAAAUUCGUGAGACAGAAUCAGUUGUGUCAGCAUGACAUGCUGAGUCUCGAGAACCAACUUAAAGACUCGCCGUCAUCGUGUGAGGCUUAUGUUACAUAUCGUGUUAAGUCACCUUAUGCUGACCUUGGAAGUAUAUCUGAUCUGUUUGGAAAAAGCAGAGCAGAGAUAGCAACAGCCACUAAUCUAACAUCGGAG